CGCAGUCCGCCCGCGGCCCCUCCGCUUUCCCUACCUUUGCGUCGUGACCCCGGAAGAACUCCGCCUCCCGCAGCCAGAGGCCGCAAGACAGGGUCUCAGCAUGUAUCUCUGUCUGGCCCGGAACUCGCCGUGUAGACCACACUGACCUCAAGCCCACAGAGAUCUGCCUCCCAAAAACGGGCGCAAAGGCAUACAGCACCAUACUCAGCAAGAAUUUAGCUUUGCGUCUUUCAUGGAUAAAGCAGCCAGAAAUCCCUGUGGCUGAUUAAUCCCUGUUUCAUUGAAUUAAGAUUGGACAGAGGCGACAUGUCAGAAGAGACAAUCAGCAGAUCACAGUUCUCCUUGAAGACGUACGCAGUUAGAGUGUUUGCUCUCCCCGUGUCUUGGUAUCAUUCUCUCUCCCAGAUCAAAUUUUCACCAGUAGCUAAGAAGCUUUUCAUGGUGACUGCAGUGAGUGCUGUGUCUGUGGUUUUUCUGGCCCAUCACUUUAAAAGAAGACGGGGAAAACAGAAGGGCAAAGUGCUACCCUGGGGACCGGAGCACUUCCUCCUGGAGCACACUAGGAGAGCCGCAUCGGACAGAGGUUCGAGUUGUUCCAGUAGUAGGCAGAAUUUGACCUUGUCGUUAAGCUCCACCAAGGACAAAGGGUCUCAGUGUUGCAACUACCCGCAUGGAGGACUUCUCAGCAGAUACUCGGGCUCUGCCCAGAGCCUGGGCUCUGUCCAGAGUGUUAACUCCUGUCAUAGUUGUGCUUGUGGAAAUUCUAAUUCCUGGGACAAAGCAGACGAUGAUGACAUCAGACUUGUUAACAUUCCUGUGACCACACCUGAGAACUUGUACCUGAUGGGUAUGGAAUUAUUUGAAGAGGCAUUACGACGAUGGGAACAAGCUCUGACUUUUCGAAGUAGACAGGCUGAAGAUGAAGCCUGCAGCUCUGUUAAACUGGGAGCCGGAGAUGCCAUUGCAGAAGAAAAUGUGGAUGAUAUUAUUAGUACAGAAUUCAUCCAUAAACUUGAAGCUCUACUGCAAAGAGCAUAUCGUCUCCAAGAGGAGUUUGAGGCUACCCUUGGGGGAUCCGACCCUAAUUCCAUUGCAAAUGAUACUGAUAAAGACACAGAUAUGAGCGUGAGGGAGACUGUGGAUGAGUUUGGCCUGCCAGACACCAUGAACAUUGACUCAGCAGAUCUCUUUGCUUCAGCAACAGAGCUCUCAGAGCAGAGAGAAGCUCAGCAGACCUUCAGCCUGGAGUCAUUUUGUCCCUGCCCUUUCUACGAAGAAGCUAUGCAUUUAGUUGAAGAAGGAAAAAUUUACUCCAGAGUGCUGAGAACUGAGAUGCUGGAGUGCCUGGGGGACAGUGAUUUCCUCGCCAAGCUCCACUGUAUCCGGCAGGCUUUCCAGCUAAUCCUUGCAGAAGCAGACAACAGGUCAUUCCUUGCUGAAAGUGGAAGGAAAAUUUUGUCAGCUUUAAUUGUGAAAGCACGGAAGAAUCCAAAGAAAUUUCAAGAUGUUUUUGAUGAAAUGAUCAAUUUUUUAGAGCAGACUGAUCACUGGGAUAGUACUGAGAUGGAACUCGCUGCCAGAGGGGUGAAAAAUUUAAAUUUUUAUGAUGUGGUUCUGGAUUUUAUAUUAAUGGAUUCCUUUGAAGAUUUAGAAAACCCACCGACAUCCAUACAGAGCGUAGUGAACAAUCGCUGGCUCAACUCUUCCUUCAAAGAAACCGCUGUGGCUUCAAGUUGUUGGUCAGUGCUGAAACAGAAAAGGCAACAGAUGAAGAUCUCAGAUGGAUUUUUCGCUCAUUUUUAUGCCAUUUGUGAACAUAUCAGCCCUGUCUUAGCCUGGGGCUUCUUGGGUCCUAGAAAUUCUCUCUAUGACUUAUGUUGCUUCUUUAAGAAUCAAGUUCUUUUCUUUCUCAAAGACAUCUUCGACUUUGAGAAGGUGCGCUAUUCGAGCAUAGACACGCUGGCAGAGGACCUCACACACUUACUCAUCCGCCGCACGGAGCUGCUGGUCACCUGUCUUGGUGCAGAUGCCCUGAGGCAAGCCACUACCUGCACGAGUGGACACUCCCACGCUGUGCCCACUGCACUCUUAGAAGCCAAAGUACAAUAAGUACCAGAAGUGGCUGGAGGAUGCUGUCCAGAGCUCUAGGGUAACUCCUGACUGUGAGUGCCUCAGAAUCUACAGGGAGAGGACAGUCUCAGGAUGGGCGGGGAUUGUCCUGCGUGUAUGCAGGAGGUUUCUCACUGAAGCGAUGCGAUGGAUCCAGAGAGACUUUUUAAAAAUCCUUAGGUAAUAAUUUAAGUUGUGAAAUGUUGUGUAUGUUGUGACUGUCGCUUGAAUUGAAGCCAAUGCUAUAGGAGUUCUUGUCUCCCCAGUCCGCAGUGUCCAGUACCAUCCUCAGCACACGGCUUGAUGCUUUGAUGCUUUGCUCCUCACGAACACACUAGCCCAGGGUGAUCGUAUGUGUGUAAUAAUCUACAACUUCUAGUGUCAACGUACUUAACUUUGCCUGAAAUGUAUUCUAAUCAUAGGUACCUCUUCACUGAAUAGAAUUUAGACAAUAGAGGUGUUUACCUACGGCUUGUAUAUUUGCUAAUGUAUUUGAAUCAAAGAAGGCAUCCUCAGAGUUCUGGUGUAUGAAAAGCACCUGAAUGAAGCAAGUGCUUCACAGCGCAUGUCUUGUGAUGGAUCAUCUGCAGUCUAGAGGAUAUUACUAUUGUUCUGAAGCUAUGAGACACUGAAAUAUUUUAUCUCAUUUUCCCUCAGAUGAAUAUUAAAUUUGAAAAUAUAAUUUAUUUACCAAAAAUGAAUUAAAAAAUUAUCCUCUUUUAAAUGUAACUUUGAGGAUGGCUUAAAGUAUUAAACUUUAGAAUAAGAUAAUUUCCUCUUUCCUUUCACAAAACAAACUUUUAAUCACAUAGAGAGUUUAUCACAUUAAAAGUUUGUCAUGUUAUGCAUAAAUUUUAAAAAUACUCAUACUUUGAACUUAGGUUUUAAAGGAAUUUUUCUCUCAGAUGUAAAACACAAAUAUUUUAAAUGUUAUGGGAGUAUAUUUUAAUGUCCUUAUGAUAAAUGAGCAACCAUGUUAUUAUAAGUAACUUCAAAGUACAUUAUAUAUUUUCGAGGUCUCAUUAAUUUUGCUUUAAGAUCAUAUACCAUGUUUUCACCAGUGGAUUGGAUUCACUGACUUGUUAUCCUAAAGUGGGCUGCAUUGAUUUUAAGAGUGAACUGUACAGAAGGAUGUGAAAUGGGUUUUUAAAUAAUACGUUUUUAGAUUAAAGUGCCUAGAUUAAGGUUAAUGAUGAGAAAAUAAAAAGUGAAAAGAAGUUUACUUUUUUAAGAUUUUAAAUGUAAAGGUACAUAACAGUUAUGUAAAUCAGUUUUAGAUGUAGGACUUAGACCCGUGCCAUUAGUGUGUCAGGCUUAGGCUGUACACCUGUGUCCUCAGUGCACACUGCCUGACCUUCUCCCUCACCCUCCAUUUCCUGACCACGGGCGUGAGUCUGCCUGUGGACAAAGCGCACUGAGCCUGACUUCCCUUACAUGUUCACAGUAGAUGUUCUUACCUAUGAGAUGUCACCGAUGUGAGUGACACACGUGUGCGUGCCUUCCUGUUACCACAUGAGCAAGACAGUUGUGGAUUACAGUCACUUACUCAUUGGAGUUGUAAGUGUUCUGUCCUGUGGUUUUUGUAAACAGAGAUAGUGGGGGAAAGUCCCCCUUGAGACAGUGUGGAAGAAUUGCACUGUGGAACAGUAACAGUGCUGUGAGAUGAUCUUGGUGGGUGACCUUUCUAAAAUGUGUUUGAUUUCUCUCUGUUUUUACAUUUUAGUUAAAAAAUAAAUAAAUUGCCCAUCUUCAAGAAAGGGUUGGUUUAACUAGAAUAUAAACAAGAUCGUUUGUGGCCUUUGAUAAAAGAGAUAAGAAUGACCAAAUAAAAUCUGGGAGCAAUAAAUGUAGGAGAAAAAUCUUUGGUGGGGGGUUUGGGAAAGUUUAACUUUUUAAAGGAAAAUGUCUUUUUAAAAAGAACAUCUCUGGCUCUGACUGUUGAAAAUACUUAAGAUAUACAUACCAGUUUUUAUUUGCCUUAAAAUUAAAUAAAGAAGCAAUGCUUUAACAGAUGAAAACAGGUCACGCUAGGCUAGAGCCUGUUAGGGAAAAAGGAAGGCCAGCCUAGUGGACUCGUGGGGUUAACUGGCGAGAGCUACCACGCGCAAAGUGUGCGCCGGCAGAGAGUUGAUCCUGAGAACAUAGCCGCUUCCUCUUUUCUGGAAGAAAAACUGAUAAAAAUUCAGUUGAUUUAUUUUCCUUUGUUUGUCUUGCUUCAACUAAAAAGGUAGUUAUUUUUUCCCAAAGGUUAACAAUACGUUCAUGGAAUGACAAAGCAGAAGUCUCUCCUUUUACAAGAAGCCAAGUUUUCUGUUCUGUAAAAGUCAGCUCCAAAGAGCUGCAUCUGUCUCCUGAAAUAGUUUUCAUCAUGAUUCUAUUGAUUUGUUGAACUGACUAUUGUAUUUACAAAUGUUUCUGUGCUUUAAGAUAUAGCCUUUCCUACUUUCUUUGCAGAAGUUAGCCUAGAAAUGAGGAAGGCCAGAGGAAGGAUGAGAAAGUGGGGGUGAGCUACUCCAUGGCCUGUCAUGACCAGACUGGAAGCUAUGUUAUAACACUGGUUUUUAUUUUUAAUAUGAACAUUAUUAAUAAUUAACAUAAUUAGUUGGACUGUAAUUUUAAAGUAUGAGAAUUAGCCUGAAUUAAAAUCUGUGCAUUUUUAAAUUAAGAAAUAUGUAUGUGAAAGUGUUUAUGUGCCCUGUGAUAAAUGGAAUAUGAACUGCUUUGUUCCUAACGACUGUGUCAUGUCACAGUCUACUUGACUGACCUCAGCGUAUCUGUUUCUUCACUGUAAGGAUGGAACUCACUAAUCGGUAUAAAGUGCAUCACUGCAGUGGCAGACGACAGCACCGUCCCUCACAGGCACUGCAGUGAGUGUGUUUUCUGUCCCGGCCAAAUAAACCAAUGAUGGUGUCUUAGUGACGUGCAGGCUGCAUUAGUAACACUCUAUGAGGUGUGAUCACAGACGCCUUCGUAGGCCUGCCCUUUCCCAUGAGGCCACAGAGGGAGGCAAAGAGAAAAGAAGACUGAGAUCAAGUGUAGAAUACUACCAAAUACUGUUUGUGCUACUAUGGGAAUAAA